AUGUCUCAAGAAGGACAGAUUCAGAUUCCGCUAAAAGAAUACCUUGCGAUAACGACCAAGCAAUGCUCAAAUUGGUCGUUCACCCAAGGUCUUCUUCUUGGGCAAAUAUCAGUCAUCUUCAUAAUAGGGUGCUUCAUCAAAUUCUUCAUAUUUGGUGAAACUCCAGAUUCUCCUUCUCAUUCAAAGUACGCCUCAGCAUACUCCCCCAAACGCUCCCGGAGGUCCUCAAACCUCCGCAAGAAACGAUCCUCAGUUCUCCGGAACCCACCACCGCAAACAACCGCUACCAUCCUCUCAAAGACAUACUACAAUGUGCACUCCCACCAGCCAGAAUCGCUCGAUUGGUUUAAUGUACUCCUCGCGCAAACAUUCGCUCAGUUCCGUGAAGAUGCACGAACCGACGACGCAAUCCUGAAAUCCCUAGACAAAAUCCUAAACGGGCCCCAAAAGCCAGACUUCCUAGACUCAAUCCGCGUAACAGAAGUAUCCCUGGGUGAAGACUUCCCCAUAUUCUCCAAUUGCAGAAUUACCCCCAGCGAAGAAGACCCCGGGAAGCUUCAGGCGAAGAUGGACGUAGACCUGAGCGACCUUAUCACGCUAGGUGUUGAAACCAAACUACUACUCAACUGGCCGAAGCCCAUGGUUGCCGUACUGCCAGUGGCGCUUGCUGUGUCCAUAGUCCGGUUUUCCGGAACACUGUCGAUAUCUUUCGUCCCAUCUCCCGAGAAUUCUACAGGAAAUACCACCCUGACAUUUAGUUUCCUUGACGACUACCGGCUUGAGAUCUCUGUGCGUAGUUUGGUGGGGUCCAGGUCGAGAUUGCAGGACGUUCCAAAAAUUGCUCAGUUGGUAGAGAGCAGGCUGCAUAGCUGGAUUGAUGAGAGAUGUGUUGAACCAAAGUUUCAGCAGAUAGUGUUGCCCUCGUUGUGGCCUAGAAAGCGGACCACAAGGGAACAGGGCCGAGCUGGUGAUGUAGGCGAAGAAAGCGGGACCGAGGGUAUUAGGCGAAGGCCAACAUCGUCGGUGGACCUUUAA